AUGGAUAAAAACUAUCGUGAUUAUUCAUCCUCCGUCAAUCGUUAUGAAGAAAGCACUUCACAAGAAUCAGUAUCACUACCAUUAAGGUUUAUUGCAGAUGACACAUUAGAAUAUUCAGCUCAUACAAGUCUUUUGCAAGUUCUUUUUUCUGUUGAUUCAUUCUUGAGAGCAAUUAUCGAAGCUGAAUUUUCCAGGUCAAAUAUAUGUGAAAAAAUUAAAGUAAAUUACUAUAUAGGAUUUAGCUGAAGUUUAUAACUAUUCAAAGGUUCCAUCUGGUACAAUAAACAUCAAUACCUUGCUUCCAUGAUUUCCAAACUCCUUGAAAUCAUUGAACACAAAUCCAAAAGAGAUUUUGGAGUUUUUAAUAAACGAGUUUAAAGCAAGUCGAGGGAGAUUCAAUAUUGACUCGAUUUUUCUGCAGCAAAAUCAAUCUUUUGCUAUAAAAGUAUUGGCAAGUAGCUUUAAAGAAAGUGAUGAUUAUUCACAAAUGGUUAAGAAAGAAAUUAGCACUUUAAACCAAUCAGCAAUAGUGAUUGUAGAAAUCAAAUGAGACUUAAACCCUACCAGUGAAAUUAUCAUAAGAAUCAUGAAAUCAAUGCUGUCAUUCAAUAACGAAGAUUAUGAAUUAGCUGGAAUUAUAAACUAUAAUGGCUGUUUUUAUUCAUCCAUUAUAAAAAGAAAUGAUAAAUGAAUAAUAUUUGAUGAAUGUUCAAAAUCUGAAAUGGACUGAAACGGAGUCAUGUGGACUUCAGCAAGCCGUUCGCUAUAUCCUAGCUUACUAAUUCUAAAGCAAUGCUAUAAUUAUGAUUCAAAUUCCUAUAAAAUUUCUGUUCCAGAUUAUGACAAACUUUUAAAAUUUGCGCAAAAAAAGGAUGAAUCUACAAGAAUUUCUAUAUGUGAAUUAGCGAGAGAAUACACAAAACCACCAACACCUAUAAGAGAAAACAAAGGUAUAUUAAAAGACUCUAUUACCAAAGCUUCUAAGCCUGUUGAUAUCUCUAUCCCUAAUAGUGAGCAUCCUCGAAAAAUAAAUGUUAUUGACACAAUCCCAACUAAAGAUACUUCAGAUGCUUGAAAAUGCAAAAAAUGCUCGAACUCGAUCCAAGGAAAUAUUUAUGAGUGUCCUGAGUGUAGAAUUAUUAAUUGAGAUAAAUUUUAUGAAAUAAAAUCUAAGCAGACAAGGAACAGGAUUCCUGUGGUUUCUUCAUAUACUCCUAAGGAAGAUCCCCAGACUCAUAAUUCGUUGUUUGAUGACCCUAAAUGCUCAUUGAAAAAGAAUGAUGGAAAUAAGCAACUUCCUCCAUCUUUAUCUUCUUAUGUGCAGCAGGAAUCUUUUAAAGAAAAAGCCAAAAAUUUUUACAUUUUAACUGAUGAUGAGCCGACGUUUAGAAACCAGACAAAAGAAGAAAAACCAAGAAAUUUGAGCUCAAGUGCAAGAAUAGAGGCUAAUAAAUCAGUACUUGCGUCUACAAUUUCAGGGACAAGGUUCCAGUUUCCUAAGCCAUCUACAAAAAAUGAAGAGCCGUCAUCUGAUUUUUCUAAAUAUGAAUCCAGACGCCCAUUAAGUACCACAAAUAGAAGUCUUCUCGAAAAAAAUAAAUCCCCACGAGAAGGAUCCCUUACCAAAAGAGUCACAUUUGCCCAAGAUGAAGUCAAAAAGCAAGACCAAAGCAAAUCUUAUAGAGAAGACAAUUUACCAUGAAGAGAGUCUAAAUCUUUGCGGGUUGAGUCCAAUGUAGGCUGAAAAUGUGAAAUCUGUGGAGGCUCCAACUCCUUAAUGUUCUAUCUAUGUAACGUCUGUAGAAAACCCCGCCCAAGUGACUAUGAUAAAAAAAAUGAUGAAAAAUUAAUAUCAGGUCGCAGAUGGGCUUGCGAAGAAUGUAAGUCAAGCAAUUCCAUUUUUUCUGACUGUUGCUGAUACUGUAAAAGUCCUCAAAGAUCAAAAUCAGUAAAAAAUCUUCAUGAAGACCGCGCAGAGUUCAGAGCUUCAAGCUAUAUGGUAAAAGAAAGAAGAGGGCGUGAAAGUAUGUAUCGCUAG